AUGGUCCGCUCCAAGUUCAAGGACGAGCACCCAUUCGACAAGCGCAAGGCCGAGGCUGAGCGGAUCCGCCAGAAGUACCCCGACAGGAUCCCUGUCAUCUGUGAGAAGGCAGAGAAGUCGGACAUCCCGACGAUCGACAAGAAGAAGUACCUUGUCCCGGCCGAUCUCACUGUCGGUCAAUUCGUCUACGUGAUCCGUAAGCGGAUCAAGCUCGCGCCCGAGAAGGCCAUCUUCAUCUUUGUGGAUGACAUCCUUCCACCAACAGCGGCUCUCAUGAGUCUGAUCUACGACGAGCACAAGGAUGAAGAUGGUUUCCUGUACGUGCUGUACGCAUCAGAGAACACCUUUGGCGGGUUGGAAGAGGUUGAGGAGUAG